UUUUAAUGACAUUUAUACUGAUUUUAUUUGAUACCAAGUUUAUUUUACCAUUUAUCAUGUUUAGUCUCUCAAAUACUCAGCACAGUAUUCGACAGUUUUUUAAAGCUUCGGGCAGAAGAAAAAGAUUUAUAACAAGAAAAUUACUGGGUUACUCCUGCAGUGAAUUAUACUCUGUAGCAGCAGAUAUAGAAAACUACGACAAAUUUUUACCAUUUUGUAAAAAAUCAACCAUUCUAGAUAAACAACCAAAUAAACUAUCAGCUAAUCUGGAGAUUGGAUUUCCACCUAUUUCCGAAAAUUACACCUCAACAGUAUACUUGGAGGAACCUCGUUUGGUUCAGGCUAUUUCAACUGAUGGAAGGCUCUUCGAUUACUUGGAAUCCUGCUGGUUGAUCAAUUAUGGCUUGAAAAGUAAUCCAAACUCCUGCAUUGUAGAUUAUUCCAUUAAGUUUAGUUUUAAAUCUGUUUUAUAUUCUCAUAUUGCAACAAUAUUUUUUGACAGACUCGUUCACCAAAUGCAAAGUGCUUUUUUGAAUGAGGUUGGUCGAAGAUAUGGUAGACCUUCUAUACAAACACGUGAAUUAAAUUUUGUUAAAGACUAAUUUAUUUAUUAAUUUAUUUUUUAAAAGUUUAAGAAAACAAAUACAACACGUUAUGCUACAACUUUUCCAACGUACAUAUCUUUGCUGUAGCCUUAACAUAUUGAAAAACAUUAUUUUGAGCAAUAAGUCAAAAAAUUAUUAGGUACUUAACACAGGUUACCAAAAAGUACUGCAGACUGAUAGUAAUUUAUAAUUAAAUCUAAAUACAUGUUAGCAGGUAAUUUUUUUUGUUAAUUGUAGCAUGGUAAAGAACA